ACCUCUUUUGACCACCAGCUUUAUGCUUUCCAUUUUUAAGUUUGGAAUAGAGUAGUUGCUUUGGAAGACGAUCAUCAGGCAUCCGCACAACAUGACCAGUCCAAUGAAGUUGAUGUUGAAGAAUCAUUGCUUCCACACUGGUGAUCUUUGCUUCUUCUAGUACACUGGCAUUAGUUCUCCUGUCUUCCCAAGUGAUGUGUAAAAUAUUUUGGAGACACCGUUGAUGGAAUCUUUUGAGGAGUUGGAGAUGGGGUUUAUAAGUGGUCCAUGUUUCACAAGCAUACAGUAAGGAUUUGCCAAAACCUCUCAUUAGGACAGGCAGAACUUGGCAGAAGACGUGGGGACUCCCUCUGAUCUCCUGGAGGCUUCCUGAGAACAGAGAUGGAUGAGCAAGACUCAGCUGGCCCUGAAGCAGGAAGAGUCCAUGCCAUCCAACAUGGGAGCAGUGGGGGAUUCUGGGAAAACAAUGUGAGGAAGAUCCUGGGUGAGGAGGACACCCUUUGCUCAGAGGUGCAGAGCCAGCAGUUGAGGCAGUUCUGCUACCAGGAGGCCAAGGGACCCCGAGAGGUUUGCAGCCGACUCAAACCAGAGCAGGGUCCAGUGUGCUUUGAAGAUGUAGCUGUCCGUUUCACAGACGAGGAGUGGGCGUUGCUGGAUCCUGACCAGAGAGCUCUCCAUAAGGAAGUCAUGGAGGAGAAUCGUCGGAUCUUGGACUCUCUUGUUGCAGGUGGUGAUGAAUUGGAGAUGAAGAACGAGGGAGACCACAACGAAAUCCACACAGUGGAGGAGCCAUAUCAGGAUUCAGACUGUGGAGAGAGCUUCAGUCAGAGCUCCCAUGCCACUUCCCAUCAAAGAAAUCUCCUUGAGAAGAAACCCCAUCAGUGCUUGGAAUGUGGAAAGAGCUACAAACACUGGAGCCUUCUCAAUAUCCAUCAGAGAAUUCAUACAGGGGAGAAACCCUAUAAAUGUUUGGAAUGUGGAAAGAGCUUCAUUAGGAACGGCAGUCUCACUUCCCAUCAAAGAAUCCAUACAGGAGAGAAACCCUAUCAGUGCUUGGAGUGUGGAAAGAGCUUCAGUCACAGCCACCAACUAAGAGUCCAUCAAAAUAUUCAUACAGGGGAGAAGCCAUAUCAGUGCUUGGAAUGUGAUAAGACAUUCUCUCAGAGCUCCCAGCUCAGGACUCAUCAAAGAAUUCAUACAGGGGAGAAACCCUAUCAGUGCUUGGAAUGUGGAAAGAGGUUCCGUCAGAGAUACAAGGUCACUGUCCACCAGAGAAUUCAUACAAGGGAAAAACCUUAUCAGUGCCAAGAUUGUGGGCAGAGCUUCAGAAAAAAGGACAGAUUAACUUCCCACCAAAGAAUUCAUACAGGGGAGAAACCAUACCAGUGCCAAGAGUGUGGAAAGAGCUUCAGAACAAAGGAGAGUUUCACAGUCCAUCAUAGAAUUCAUACAGGGGCGAAACCUUAUCAGUGCUUGGAAUGUGGAAAGUGGUUCAGGCAAAAGAACAGUUUAACUUCCCACCAAAGAAUUCAUACAGGGGAGAAACCUUAUCAGUGCUGGGAGUGUGGAAAGAGCUUCAUUCUAAGAGGCCAACUUAUGUCCCAUCAAAUAAUUCAUACAACAGAGAAACCCUUUCAGUGCCAAGAAUGUGACAAGAGCUUCAGUCGAAGAGAGUGUUUCACUUCCCAUCAGAGAAUUCAUACAGGGGAGAAACCCUAUAAAUGUUUGGAAUGUGGAAAGAGAUUCACCCAAAGCACCAGUCUCACAACCCAUCAAAGAAUUCAUACAGGGGAAAAACACUUUCAGUGCUUGGAAUGUGGAAAGAGAUUUGUUCUCAGAAGUCAGCUUACUGACCAUCAGAGAAUUCAUACAGGGGAGAAACCCUAUCACUGCUUAGAGUGUGGAAAGAGCUUCAAUCAGAGGGCAAAUCUCACUUCCCAUCAAAGGAUUCAUACAGGGGAGAAACCCUAUCAGUGCUUGGAAUGUGGAAAGAGCUUCAAUGAGAGGUCCAAGCUCACUUCCCACCAAAGAAUUCAUACAGGAGAGAAACCCUAUCAGUGCUUGGAAUGUGGAAAGAGCUUCAAUGAGAGGUCCAAGCUCACUUCCCACCAAAGAAUUCAUACAGGGGAGAAACCUUAUCAUUGCUUGGAAUGUGGAAAGAGCUUCAUUCACAAAGGCCAGUUCAUGGCCCAUCAAAGAAUUCAUACAGGAGAGAAACCUUAUCAGUGCUUGGAAUGUGGAAAGAGCUUCAUUCACAGACGCCAGCUUACUGUCCAUCAAAUAAUUCACACAGGGCAGAAACCCCAUCAGUGCUUGGAAUGUGGAAAGAGCUUCAUAGACAAAGGCCAGCUCACUGUCCAUCAAAGAAUUCAUACAGGGGAGAAGCCAUAUCAGUGCUUGGAAUGUGGAAAGAGCUUCAAUAGGAGCAGCAAUCUCACUUCCCAUCAAAGAAUUCAUACAGGAGAGAAACCCUAUCAGUGCCUGGAAUGUGGAAAGAGCUUCAUCCAGAGCACCAGUCUCACAACCCAUCACAGAAUUCAUACAGGGGAGAAACCCUAUAAAUGUUUGGAAUGUGGAAGCAGCUUCAAUACGAGCCGCAAACUCACUUCCCAUCAAAGAAUUCAUACAAGGGAGUAACCUUAUCAGUGCUUUUAGUGUGGAAAGAGCUUUACUCAAAAAUGCCAUCUUAGGGCCCAUCAAAGAGUUAAUCCAUGAGAAGAACCCUAUCAGUUACAAGAGUGUGGA